AUGAAGCAACGGAUGUUGGGUCUGGCCCUUUGGCCUUUGUUUUUCUCUCUCAAGCUGCUGCAGCAAGUUGGUUCAAACGAAUGUAGCAACAACAGUUAUGUGGUCAAUGUGAUGCUCAUGAAUUACUCGGACCUCCCAUUAACUACUGAAAAUUUGAAAUUAGCUGUGACCAAAGCCUUGCAAAGCGUACAAAAGGAAUUCAACAGGAUAGGAGAAAAUAUUACAGUCAAUGCCACCUUCCACAGCGCCUCACCACUCUAUGUCUCACAAGGCUGUCGUACCAGCACCUGUGAAGGUGUGGAGCUCAUUAAGGCAAUUUAUAGGAGUGGUAGACUUGGCUGUGUCGUCAUAGGACCUGCGUGCACUUAUGCCACCUACCAAAUGGUCUCAAUUGAAACAAUACUGAGCCUGCCUCUGAUCUCUGUAGGGAGUUUUGGACUGUCCUGUGACUACAAAGUAAACCUAACCCGCCUUCUGACCCCAGCCAGGAAAGUGAAUGAUUUCUUCUAUUAUUUUUGGAAAGAAUCUUGGCUGCCAUUCAAAACCAUAACCUGGGAAUCUGCCUACAUUUACAAGAGGAAUGAAAACUCGGAGGCAUGCAUCUGGUACAUGAAUGCGCUAGAUGCUGGAGUCACACACUUCUCUGAAAAACUGAAGUUUAAGGAGAUUUUAAGGACUCCGGAGCAGCUUAAAAAAACUGUGAAAGAUCCAAAGCGGAAAAGCAAUGUGAUCAUCAUGUGUGGCUCUCCCACUGACGUCAGCACAGACCUAGGGACGGUGCAAGUGGAUAAGGACAUUGUUAUCAUCCUGAUAGAUCUCUUCAAUAACAUGUACUUCAGGAACAACAACUCAGCCCAUUACAUGCAGAAUGUACUUGUCCUGACUCUGCUACCAGCUAAUGACAGCUUGAAUACCACAAAGACUGAAGACACCAUCCUGACGGAAGAUGACUUUUUUGUUGGCUAUUUUAAUGCAGUCUUGCUGUUUGGACAUAUUCUGAAGAAAUUUAUCGUCUCCCAGAGCCCAGUGUCACCUGUCAGUUUCAUCAAUGAAUUCCGAAAUACCACUUUUGAAGGUGUACGGGGUCCUGUGACUCUAGAUGAAUUUGGAGACAUUGAUACCAAUUUGACCCUGCUGUACACACCACAGACUGCAAAUCAUUUCAGAACUCUUCUAUAUUUCAACACUCGCAAGAACGAGACACACGUGAUGACUACCAGUCCGGAUUUUGUCUGGAAGAACCACAAGCUGCCCAGUGAUAUGCCAAGCACUGGCCCACAAAUCUUGACCAUUGCUGUCUUUACGCUCACAGGAAUUGUGAUUCUGGUUCUGAUCAUCUCUUUGCUGAUUCUAAGGAUGUACAGGAGAGAUAAUGAGCGUCGGUGGAAGAAAUGGUCCCAUAUACCACCUGAGCAAAUCUUGCCUCUGGAGACCAGUGAGACAAGUCAUGUUAGUUUGAAGAUCGAUGAAGAUAAGAGACGUGACACCACCCAGAGACUGCGUCAAGGCAAAUAUGACAAGAAGGUGGUGAUCCUAAAGGAUCUCAGAAACAAUGAUGGUAAUUUCUCAGAGAAGCAAAAAAUAGAACUGAACAAGCUCCUACAGAUUGAUUAUUACAACCUGACCAAGUUCUAUGGCACUGUGAAGAUAGACACCAUGAUCUUUGCGGUGAUUGAGUACUGUGAAAGAGGUUCUCUGCGGGAUGUUUUAAAUGAUAAAAUCUCCUACCCUGAUGGCACAUUCAUGGACUGGGAAUUUAAAAUCUCUGUCAUGUAUGAUAUUGCCAAGGGGAUGUCUUACCUGCACUCAAGCAAAACUGAAGUCCAUGGUCGACUCAAAUCCACAAACUGUGUAGUAGACAAUCGCAUGGUAGUGAAGAUCACUGAUUUUGGCUGUAAUUCAAUUCUGCCUCCAAGGAAAGACCUGUGGACAGCUCCUGAGCAUCUCCGUUAUGCUGAUGUAUCUCAGAAGGGUGAUGUGUACAGCUACGGGAUCAUUGCCCAAGAAAUCAUCCUACGCAGGGAGACCUUCUACACUGGACAAUGCUGGGACUACAAAGAGAAACUUUACAGAGUGGAGAGCGGCAAAGGAGUGAAGCCUUUCCGACCAGACCUGUCCUUGGAAACAGUGGGAGAAAGAGAGAUGGAAGUGUAUAUACUAGUGAAGAGCUGCUGGGAGGAAGAUCCAGAGAAAAGGCCUGACUUUAAGAAAAUUGAGAGUACUCUGGCUAAAAUAUUCAGUAACUGCCAUGGCCAGACCAAUGAAAGCUACAUGGAUACCCUGAUCCGGCGUCUACAGCUGUAUUCCCGGAACCUGGAGCACCUGGUGGAGGAAAGGACAGAGCUGUACAAAGCAGAGCGAGACAGAGCAGACAGGCUUAAUUUCAUGUUACUUCCAAGGCCAGUAGUAAAGUCUUUGAAGGAGACUGGCCUGGUAGAGCCAGAGCUAUUUGAAGAAGUCACUAUCUACUUCAGUGACAUUGUUGGCUUCACCACACUCUGCAAAUACAGCACCCCUAUGGAGGUGGUAGAUAUGCUGAAUGAUAUCUACAAGAACUUUGACCACAUUCUUGACCAUCAUGAUGUUUACAAGGUGGAGACCAUUGGUGAUGCUUACAUGGUGGUGAGUGGUUUACCAAAGAGGAAUGGCAACCGGCAUGCAGUAGACAUCUCCAUGAUGGCUCUGGACAUCCUCAGCUUCAUGGGAUCUUUUGAACUGAGACAUCUGCCGGGUCUGCCUGUUUGGAUUCGCAUUGGAAUUCACUCUGGUCCAUGUGCGGCUGGUGUAGUUGGAAUAAAAAUGCCUCGUUACUGUUUGUUUGGAGAUACAGUGAACACAGCUUCACGGAUGGAAUCCACAGGCUUGCCUUUAAGGAUUCAUCUAAGUGGUUCCACUAUUAACAUCCUGAAAAGAACAGACUGCCGAUUCCAGUAUGAAGUGAGAGGAGAAACAUACUUGAAGGGCAGAGGAACAGAGAUUACCUACUGGUUGACGGGUACUGAGGACAAGAAAUACAAUCUCCCAACACCUCCUUCUGUGGAGAAUCAGCAGCGGUUACAAGAUGACUUAGCAGAGAUGAUAACAAAUAUUCUUCAGAAAAGGGAAAACGAAGGGUUUAAGACACAGAAGCCUUCACGGGUAGCUAGCUACCGAUCAGGUACCCUGGAAUACCUGCAACUGGCCAGCACAGAGAAUUCUGCCACAUAUCUUUAAAACUGGAUGUCUAGUAUGACUCAAAAAGCUACAGCAACUCUCUGGAGUACUUCAUGUGAAGGCUGGAGGCUUAUACUCCCAGCUAGAGGAGAAGGAAAAUACCUUUUCAAGCAUCCUUUCUACCAUCCGACCUCCUAUCAGUAAAUCAAACCUCUCUUCACUGUAACGUCGAAAUUGUCGGAUGACUUCAGUAGGACACAUGCAGCCUGAUUUGAGGUAAAUGAAAAUAUCUGCACUUGAGCCUGGAAAAUAGUUUUUUUUGCUUUGGUUAG